CAAAAAUAAAAUUUGAUUGUCCUCCUUCCCUCCUUUCUAUUUGCUGCAAAUCACCCUAAAUUUUUUCUUCCUAGUUCUUUCUUCUGUUGCAGCCAGAAACAAACGGCUUCUUCAAAUCACCCUAUUCCAUGGGUGGAAAUUGCCCAACCCAGACCCAACUCCAACUCAACGGUUCAUGAUUAGGUAUAUAUUGUCCACUAAUACUGCUAGCACUCUCACUAGCAGUGGCAGUAUUCCCUUUGCAAGAAGAUUCCUUAUAUUUCGUGGUCCACUGCCUGUUAAUGCACCAACUGUAACUUCUGCAGCUGCAGCAACUUCCUGUGCAGACCAUGAAGAGGAAGAAGAAGAAGCGGUGGAAUGGGACCCGUCUUGCAUCAUGCAAGACAAAGACCUUCUUCGCAAGAGCAAGGCCGCUGUUCCGGGGGAAACACCAGGAACGGGGCUUUAUGUUCUCGAUCUGAUUGACCGUGGCUCUGUUCAACCCGAUCGAACCUUGUACAAUAAAUUGUUGAAGAAAUGCACCCUGUUGGGUAAACUCAAAGAGGGACGACUUGUUCACGCCCACCUGCUCAAUUCCGCCUUCUUCAGCAACGACAUUGUUAUUCAAAACACUGUUCUCAACAUGUACGCUAAGUGCGGCUGUUUAGAUGACGCUCGCAAUCUGUUUGAUCAAAUGCCUUCAAAAGACAUGGUCACUUGGACUGCUCUCAUCACUGGUUAUUCGCAGAAUGAUAGGCCUGAGGAUGCACUUGUCUUGUUCCCCCAGAUGCUCCGCCAUGGAUUCAAACCCAAUCAAUUCACUCUUUCCAGCCUUCUCAAAGCUUCUGGGACAGGGACAGCGCCUAGCCACUGGCACGGUAGGCAACUUCAUGCAUUUUGCCUCAAGUACGGUUACCAUUCAAAUGUUUAUGUGGGGAGUUCCCUUGUGGACGUGUAUGCAAGGUGCAGCCUCAUGGAGGAAGCCCAAUCACUGUUUGACGGGCUGUUGUGGAAGAACGAGGUAUCUUGGAAUGCUUUGAUUGCUGGGCACGCCAGGAAGGGUGAAGGAGAGCACGCCAUUCUGUUCUUCUCGAAAAUGCUAAGGGAUGAUUUCGAGCCUACUCAUUUCACUUAUUCAAGUAUUUUUAGUGCUUGUGCCAGCACAGGAGCUCUAGAGCAAGGCAAAUGGGUGCAUGCGCAUAUGAUCAAAUCCGGAGGAAAGCUAAUUGCUUUUGUUGGCAACACCCUUCUCGACAUGUAUGCAAAAUCAGGCUGCAUUGAGGAUGCAAAAAUUGUCUUCAAUAAAUUGGUAAACCGAGAUGUGGUUUCCUGGAAUUCAAUGCUUACUGGGUUUGCUCAACAUGGGCUUGGGAAGGAAACAAUGAAAUGGUUUGAAGAAAUGCUUAGGCUCAGAGUCAAACCCAAUGAAAUAACCUUCCUCGGUAUUUUGACGGCCUGUAGCCGUGCUGGGCUUCUCGAUGAAGGACAAUAUUACUUUGAAUUGAUGCACAAGUACAAGAUUGAUCCACAGGUCUCACAUUAUGUGACAAUUGUGGAUCUUCUUGGUCGAGCGGGUCUUCUUGAUCGAGCUGAGAGGUUCAUUAGGGAAAUGCCAAUUGAGCCUACUGCAGCUGUCUGGGGAGCCUUGCUUGGUGCUUGUAGGAUGCACAAGAAUAUGGAACUGGGUACUUAUGCUGCUGAACGUGUUUUUGAGCUUGACCCCCAUGAUUCGGGUCCCCAUGUGUUGCUUUCUAAUAUCUAUGCCUCUGCUGGUAGAUGGAGUGAUGCUGCAAAAGUAAGAAAGAUGAUGAAAGAGAGUGGUGUGAAGAAGGAACCUGCUUGUAGUUGGGUGGAGCUUGAGAAUGUGGUCCACAUGUUUGUGGCAAAUGAUGAUGCUCACCCACAGAGAGAGGAGAUCCAUAAAAUGUGGGAGAAGAUAAGUGAGAAGAUCAGGGAGAUUGGUUACGUCCCUGACACCAGCCAUGUGCUUUUGUUUGUAGACGAUCAAGAGAGGGAAGUGAAGUUGCAGUACCAUAGUGAGAAGCUUGCUCUAGCAUUUGCACUUCUGAACACACCUCCUGGAUCCACUAUUCGAAUCAAGAAAAAUAUAAGAGUUUGCGGCGAUUGCCAUUCAGCAAUCAAAUUUGUGUCAAAAGUGGUGGACAGAGAAAUAAUUGUAAGAGACACCAACAGGUUUCAUCAUUUCCGUGAUGGUUCCUGCUCCUGUGGGGACUAUUGGUAGUGCUAGCAACAAGCACCAAGUUACUUUGGGGUAUCUGAAGGGAAAUUGAUGCUUGGUAUCAAUGUUAAUCCACAAAAUCUCAUUCAACUCUUGCGUUGCUGCAGAAAUUAACUUAAAUAUGACUGUUCAUUUAAUAUCGAAACAGUCAAAAGAUUUUGUCAUUUUCUUAUGUAAGAACAUUGAACUUUUCUGUUGGUUAGGCAGUUCAAUCCAGUGUAAGAAACUUCCUUUUUUUUAUUAUUAUUUUUUAUCUGUGUACUUUUUUUAGCAGGCAACAUGCCAAAUGAAUGAACAUUAUUUAUAUUUAUAUAA